CUUCGUCCAGCUGAGCUACAGAUACCAGCUUUCUCUGAUCCCAAAGGCAUAUACAGAGUCCCUCAAAUAAUCCCUGGUGGGGUGCAGAAGAGAUGGGCUGUGCUUUCAGUUAUGGGUCUGAAUACCUUCAGCAGAAGAGGUCCUACCAGCCCCUCUAUUUCCAUUCCAAGGCCAAAGGCAACCAGAUCCUGCUGAAUGACUGCUAUUCCAGGGCAGAGAGGAUCUCUACCUUUCAUGAUGGCAUUGUCUUUACCAACCGUCCAGUCAAGCCUUACGAAAUAGUAACCCUCCGGAUCCUGAAGAUGGAGGAUGGAUGGAAUGGUGGGCUCCGUGUAGGGUUCAGCUGCCUGAACCCCUCAAAUAUCAACCCUUAUAGCCUGCCCCCUUUCAUCUGCCCUGAUCUAACAGCCCAGACUUCCACUUGGGCAGCUGUCCUGCCUGAUCAGUUCAUUAAGGUGGGAAAUAUCAUCCACUUCUGGGUGAACAACUCAGGAAAAGUCUUCUUGAGGACCAACCAGGUCAAAAGGUUUCUGUUAUUCGACCGAGUGACUGUGAGCUGUCCUCUUUGGGCUGUAAUGGAUGUCUAUGGAACUACAAAAGCCAUUGAGUUGCUCGCUCCUGUGAGUGAUCCUUUCAGACCCAGACUUCUGACACCGAUGUUCAGGGAUGAACCUUAUGAGAUCAGUUUCUGCCUCCCAGCUAGAGAUGGAGAAGAGUGUUCUGUCUGUUUGUACCAUGUCAAGAACACCUGGCUUCUUCCUUGUCACCACACCGUCCUCUGCUAUUGCUGUGCCAAUAGGAUCUUCAGAGACACUGCCAAGUGCCCCAUAUGCCGCUGUAAGAUUGAACUAUUCUGCCUACAGAAUAAAUCCACUCCAGCAGACGCUUGGAAUUUCUCCUGAUAACCUGCUACAAAGUGGGGUCCAGAUGGAGGUGAGCAGGAGCACCAGGAUCAGCUCACCCCUGAAAUUUGGCCCCAUUCCCAUCUCUCAGGACACCUGUUCCCUGCAGCUGGCCAUACCAUUUCAUGCUGAAUAAGGAGACUCUGUGGAUGCCCUCUUUCAUACUUACCCACCCUGGCCUCUUAUAUAGCAGAGACUAGGAGUCAGAAGGCUUGAACUGAAAUCUUGGCUCUGUCACUAACUCUGUGACCCUGGGUAAGUCGCUUGAUGUCUCUGAGCCUUAGUUUCUUCAUUU